AUGGGAAAAGCCCUACACAUGGCUGCCUCACUACCGAAUCUACCCACACCCCCGGAACGGAGAGGUCGACGCCAGAAACUGAUGAAUCGGUAUUACUACCGGCAGGGUAACUACACGAAGUUUCUCAAGAAUCUCCACACGGAGCAGCUGGCCAAGCUAGCGCUCAAAAACCAAAAUGAGUGCGAGCUGCUGGAAGAUAUCCGGCAGUUCACGCUCAAGCGGUCCGCCAUCGAAAAGUCAUACAGCGAGGCUCUACUGAAGAUAUCAUCGGCGUACCUGAACAAGAAGCAGGCCUGCAUACCGGAGAUCAAAAUGGAUGGCGCCGAUGAGAAAUGGAAUAUGUGGAGCGUGUGGCAAACCGUGCUGGAGGAGAAUGAAAAGCUGGCUCGUGCUCGGUUGGCCGCUGUCGAGGUGUUCCAGCAGCAGAUCGCGGAUGAGGCCAAGGUCCUGCGUAGCACCAAGCUCAAUAGUAGCAAGCGUUGCGUCGAGAACCUGGCGGUGGUGCAGAAAGAGCUCCAGAACUCGGUGCAAGACGUGGACAAAACGAAAAAGAUCUACUUCGACGAGGAGCACAGCGCCCACGACGUUCGUGAUAAGGCGCGUGAUAUUGAGGAGAAGCUCAAGAAGAAGAAGGGAUCGUUCUUCCAAUCGAUCACCUCGCUGCAGAAGAACAGCGCACGAGUAACGUCACGCAAGGAGCAGCUCGAGGAAAAAUCGACCGGUGCCCGAAAUGACUACAUCCUUGGUCUGGCAGCGGCCAACGCGCAUCAGAAUCGGUACUUCACCAUCGACCUGCAGACGACGAUGGCAACGAUGGAGAACUACGUGUACGAACGGGUUGCAGACUAUCUGGCGCUGAUUGGGCGCACUGAGCUGCUGACCUGUUCGGCUACGCAGAACUCGUUCGGUAAGAUCCGUGACCAGGCGCAGCAGUUGACGCGCGAGUACAACCUACAGUGCUGCUACCUGUACUACCCGGUGUUAAAGCAGCACAUUCAGUACGAGUUCGAGGCGUGCGAUAAUGAUCCGGUGCGCAAGAUCACGGCUGAUCACGAGUCGGCAGCGGACACACUAAGUCGUGAAGGUAAACGUUGGGCAGGUCGCGUGGCUCGCGAGAGCAAUGUUAUCCGUGAGUGCGCCCGGAAGUUGGCGGUGUGUACGGCGUUGCGUGAGGCAGGACAUCGGACCGAUCCGAAUGACCAGAAUGGGCCGGAUUUGGAGACGAAGAUCGACGAGUUCCGCGAGAACAUCCGCAAGUCAGAAAUCGCGAAGGCGAAAGCUGAGGCCCGGCUCGAGUGUCUGCGGAUUGGAGGCAUCAAUGUGGACGAGUGGAUACAGGAAGCGGAAACGCUCAGUGUGCAGGAGAUGCCCCGUUCAGCCAGCUCGCUUUCGAUGCGUACGGAUGCUUCCGGCCAGGGCGAGAACCCCAGCUCGGAUUCGUUCUACGACAGCGAUAACGCCGAACAGGACCAACCGGUGUCGGAGUCAUCGCCAGCACCGAAGCAACCAGAGCCACCAUCGGACGAAUUCACGGCCGACAGUGACGACGACGAAGAGUUUGGUGUGGAACAGGAGCGACAGAAGAUCGAACAGAUAUCGCACGGCUGGGAUGACCCCACGCAGGUCGAUUGGGGUGCAGAAGAGGCCGCGGCGGCCGCAGCAAGCAGCAAAUCGUCUGCAGAUGCAACCGUAGCAGCCGUUCAGCAACGCGAACCUGCAAGUCAGACGUUCAAGUGUACCGCGCUCUAUUCGUACACCGCUCAGAACCCGGACGAGUUGACGAUUGUCGAGAGUGAACAGCUGGAGGUAGUUGGCGAGGGCGAUGGUGAUGGAUGGCUUCGAGCUCGCAACUACCGUGGUGAAGAGGGUUUCGUACCACACAACUAUCUGGACGUGGAACGAGACACACCGGUUGAUACGCACACACCUGCUCAGUUGUCGACGCAGAUUUCCUUCUCCUCGGUGGAUUACACUGUCGACAAUGAGGACCAGGACCAGAUGCAGGACUCGGGCCAGUCACCGGAUCAGAUCUCGGUCAUAUCUGCUCCACGCAAGGUCAACAAUCAGCUGUACUGUGUGGCUCUAUACGAUUACGAUGCCACUGCUGAAGACGAGCUGACGUUUGAGGAGGGACAGAUCAUUAAGCUCAUCACGAAGAGUCCGCAUGGUGUUGAUGAUGGUUGGUGGGAAGGCGAGCUGGUAGGCAAGAUUGGAAACUUCCCGUCGCUGGUUGUGGAAGAGUGUGACGAGAAUGGGGAACCACUAACCGACGCUGAAGAUGAGUCUCCGCCACCAUCGGCACCGCCAACGUUUGCUGCUCCGGCACCACCUCCUCCGAUGAUCUUGCAAGAAGCGACUCCUCCGGAAGGUCAAAGUCCAAACCUAACCAACGCCGGACCAGCGAUCGACAAGUUCGAGUUUGAGCUGAACGACGACCAGCACGAACAGUAUGGGUCUCAGUUUUCUGCUCCACCGCCAUCGCAACCUCCACCGGUUGUAAUCUGUGAGGAUCCUGAGGCCGAGGAGGCCGCUACUAUGGAAGAGGAAUCUCGACAAGGGGCUACCGCAGCCGCAGCAGCUACUGCUAGCGGUGACAGUAACCAGCUAAACUUCGCUCAGAUUAUCGUGACGGCCGCGACACCGAUGCACGAAGAGCCGGACAAGAAGUUCCCACCGCCGGAGACUGACGAAGAGCCGGCCGAGAUCGUGGAGAAGCAGGAGCAAGAAAAGCAGGAGAUCAGUAGCAAACAGAAAUCUCAGGACGUGGAUCUUCCGUCGCAGGAACCAUCGUCCAAACCGGCUUCAACGGCACCAUCGAAGCCGGCCAAACCUCCAUCGCCACCGAAGCCGGAAAAACCGGCCACGGCUCCAAAGCCCACCAACGUGGCAGCCAAAACUGCCACCGCCAAAAAGCCGGAACGAGUGCGGCCUGAACCACAACCAGAACCAGAACCGGAGGCUGCUCCGAUCGAAGAUCCUGUGGCGCCUUUUGAGGCAAACUUCGAGGCAAACUUUGAGGCAGGGUUUGCGGCCAACUUCGAUGACGCGUUUGGGCAGAGCAGCCAACCUGAGAUCCCGAAACAGGUAGUGGGUGGACGGGCAAGCAUACCGGAAGAGCUCGAACCGGAUCAGCUGGCGCGCCUGCAGAACCUUAAGGAGUCGAACGCAUAAUGUCCCAGCCGGAUGAUCGAGGUCGGAGCCGGUGGAGCGAUAUGGUAGGGAAAAAGCGGUGUGACACAGAGCAAAGAAGGAAUGAAAGGGGAACCAAUGCACUUGCCAGUAAGAGAGAGAGGUACAGAGGUCCGUCGAAGGGUGCAUGAGAAUCAAAUCAAACAAUCUGCUGCAACAAUCAUAC